AUGAUUGCUUGUGUUUUCACUUGGUGGUGGAAGUCGUGUGCAAGAUCCUCGCGCUCAGGAGGACGAAGGCAAGCCUCGGUGCCGGCUUCGCGCUUCCGGAGAAUUGAUUCCGACCCAAGAAGAGAAUGGCGAACGCGGCCCUCUGCUGCGCGCUGCCCAAUCCCGCCGCCUUCCUGCAGAUCACAUCUUCCGCCCCUCCUCCGGUGGAGGAGGAGCGGCCCCGGCUGGCCGCUUCCCAGGCGCUCCGUGGCCGUGGAGACGGCGGAGGGCCGGGCCGCUUCGGCGGCGGAGGACGAGGCUCCGAGCUCCUCGGAGUCGGCCGCCCCUCGCCGCCUCAUCCUCCUCCGCCACGCCGAGAGCUCCUGGUCUGACCGUUCCCUCAGAGAUCAUGAUCGCCCUCUCAGUAAGACUGGUCAGGACGAUGCUGUCAAGAUAGCACGCAAGCUUCACCAGUUGGGUUGGAUCCCUGAACUUAUUUUGUUAAGUGAUGCAGUUCGAACGCGUGAGACACUGCAGAUAAUGCAGGAACGAGUAGAAAGCUUUUUGGAAGCCAAGGUCCAUUUCAUUUCGAGUUUUUAUUCGAUUGCAGCAAUGGAUGGUCAGACAGCAGAGCACCUGCAGAACGCUGUCUGUAAAUAUUCUAGGGACGAGAUACUGACUGUAAUGUGUAUGGGGCAUAAUAGGGGAUGGGAGGAGGCAGCUUCCAUGUUUACUGGUGCAUCCAUUGAACUUAAAACAUGCAAUGCUGCUUUGCUCGAAGCUACUGGAAGAUCUUGGGAAGAGGCUUUUGCUUUGGCUGGACUUGGUGGGUGAAAGCUUCAGGGCAUAGUCAAACCUACUACAUAGUUGAACCAUCCUUCAUCACUGGGCAUACUGCCUAUUCCGGAGAUAGAACUUGAAGAUGCUGUGAAGCAAUAUCUUGUUCUGACAUGAUAGGAAAUUCCUCUCGUUCCCAUGGGCUCUUCAGCCUUUCAUACAGCUAUACAAAUGGGUAGCUGGUCUUCAACUUGCUGCUCUGAACACUAGGACCCCAUAUUGAUAUGACUGAGAGAUUGCUGCUCCAGUCUGGCUAAAACAUCUCAACACCAGAUAUGUGAAGUUUCUAGGCGUCUUUUCUCGCACCGAGGCCUGAGUAGCUCACCAGAGAACAUUACAUCAUCUUAAAAAGAAAUGUGUCAUUUUCUGUGCCAUUGAGAAGAUCAAUUGCUAACAGUUUUGCUCCUGCAAUAUGUCAUGAUAUUGCUGAAAGGGGUUGUGUAAUUUUUUUGUUGAAUUUAAGAAGCAGGUUUAGUUGAGUUCACUUUUUGUUGUAGCAAUGGACAGCUGAGUAGCUUUGUGCUUGUCCAUGUUCCAGGUUGAAAGAGGCCCUUAUUUCCUUAAGCUUCACCAGCAACGGUGUGCGGUUUCCUCAUGUAGUGUCUUGACAGAGCCUUCAUAAUGUUGUCAUGCACAAAUAGUAAUGUGCAAAGGAUGCAUUGCUGUGUGUCAGAGUCAAGAUUAGAAAAGCCUCGGGCUUUUUGGCAUAUUUAGUGCCUAGAAGCCUGCAGUUGGCACUUAGAAAAAGCAGCGGGUGUGGUUGACGGCAGGUGUCCAGUCCUUUUCCGUGACUAUUAGGUAGAUUGGCAACGCCUGCGAGUUUUGGCAGUUAAUUCAAGUAAGUUCAUUUC